GACAGCAUACACCGCCCUUCAGGUUCACUAGACCAAUAUGGCCGACGGGCUGUCAACCGGGUGACACUUCACUCAAUUUUUGUCCGCAUAGGAUGUUCAGAAACUGUUGACAUCCACAAGCAGAACGCGACCACGUGCGUGCAACCGCGAACUGCGGCACUGGUUAAGCCUGCUACGUCUAUCAACACCACGAAUCAUAUCGCUGUAGUGAAAAUUAGACUAAGGAGUGGCGGCGCAACGACUGACUCUGGUACUGGUACAGUGACACACAAAAAUCGACGGUUCGUCGAUGACCGGUACAAUCUCUAACAAAAAAUAGUUCAUUGCCUUGCAAUGAUAACGGUGCCAAAGAGGAGGUUGUGUUUGAAAUAAGGUUGGUGCCAGCUGUCAUGGGGAACUCUGGUUUAAAACAACAUUAUGAGACCGCGAAGAAGACCGGCACAUUAAAUUUGUCCCAGGGAAAACUAGACGAAUUCCCGCAGAAUCUACGUGCUCUGGCGCCGUUAUUACGCACGUUAGACCUAUCCAAAAACAAAUUUGUUCGAAUUCCGAACGAUAUCGGUAACUUUACAUUGUUAAAACAAUUAAAUAUCAGUCAUAAUAAAUUGACCGAGUUGCCUGAAGUUCUUGGUGCCUUGACGAAAUUAGAAGGUUUAAAUGCAGCCUCAAACCAGAUCAAAAGCAUUCCAUGGCCUUUAUCGAAACUAACACGUUUGAAACAAGUUAAUCUGUCCGACAAUCAGAUUACUGAAUUUCCUCUAAUGUUUCGUGAUUUAAAGUUUUUGGAUAUGCUAGAUCUGUCUCGGAAUCGAAUAACAACGAUUCCCGAUGCCGUCGCAGCGUUGCAUGUGGUUGAACUUAACCUCAAUCAGAAUCAGAUAUCGGCAAUUUCGGAGAAAUUGGCUGAAUGUCCGCGUUUGAAAACGCUAAGGCUGGAAGAGAAUUGUUUGCAGUUGAACGCAAUACCCAUUAAAAUUUUAAAAGAUUCGAAUGUUUCGGUACUAGCUCUCGAGGGGAACUUAUUUGAGAUGAAAGAAUUUGCCGAUGUCGAUGGUUACGACAACUACAUGGAAAGGUACACCGCGGUUAAGAAAAAGAUGUUUUAAGGAACGUUAUUAUUUAGGUGGACAUUUUUGUGACAUACCGAUUAAUCCGCGUGAAGUAUGUAAAUUAUGUAAACAUGUUACGAAAUAAUAGCUAUUAUGCGAUUCUCUAUAACUUUGUAAAAAAAAUAUUCGUAUCAUAUACGCGCAAUUAUAGCAUUCAAUACUUGUGAUAAUGUAAUUGUACAAAUAAAAUGUAUCAAUCGAUUAAUUGUGACGAUAAAUCGAGGUAUUCAUAUUUUUCAUACAUAGACGAAUGUUUAAAAUCAAAUUCGUGUUCGUAUAGAAUGUUCAUUGCAAUACUGUACUCAAUGAACAGUAUCGAAAUUGUAUUACCAUUAGUAUAGCCUUUAUUACUAGACUAUAUUAUACCGUUUUUAUUGCGUUCCCGCAAAACAGUGCCCUACUUUGUAUUCUAUAAUUAAGUAUACAUUUCAUCGUCGAUAUUUCUAUACAUAGUUUAUACAACUCUAGGGUAUAUACACAAGUAAAGCGAAUUAAUAAUUUA